GUAAUGUUGUGGACAAGAAUGCUAUUCUUGUAAUAUGCACGGUUGAUAGCAAAUCCAUAGGCCAUGUCCCAGCUUUACCAGUUCCUAUAAAUAAAGCCUUCACAACAAUCAUGGAUAUGCAUCCUGGAAUUUCCAUUGAAUGUAUUGCUUCUGGUAACCCAAGACCAAGCUCGUAUCCAUGGCCAGAUACAAGUGCCCAAGGGGGAGGCAUCAUUCAGCCUGUCCAAUACAAGAUAUCAGCACCUGCCAGCUUAACAGAUAGAAUAAAAUAUAUUCUAAUGUGCGCAGCGUCUGAUGAACAGGACAUUCUCAAAGAAAUGGAUGUACACGUCGAGUAUGAUGGUGAAAGGACACCCCCCAUGAUCAUAUCAAAGGAUAAUGGCACGCAAGACACACCCAACUACAAGUUAACUACACCCUGAGCUAUAAUUUUUUAGCAUAUGAAUAAUAAAUACAAGAAAAUCUUA